AGGUGGAUACCAAGACCGAGGGGAAAGACGGGGAGGUUAUCACCAUGACAACUACAACAACAGAAGAGGUCAUCAACAGGGUUACAGGGAUUACCAUGGUAACAGGGAAGAUAAUCGUGGAUACAGAGACAGUUAUAACCGAGACAGAUCUGGUUAUGGUGGUUAUAACCAAGGUCGUUACCAUGACAACAGAGGUUAUGGAGGAUAUAGAGACAGAGAUCAAAGAUGAAAAUAUGAUUCAAAUGAAUUCAAAUUUA